AUGAGCUACAGCACAUCCACUGUAAACAGUUUGUACCACAACAGUGCUACCACUUCUGAGCCAGACCAUGGGACAGCUGUGGAUGGGGCUGGAUCAAAAACUGCUACAAUGACCCCUGAAAGCAGCAGCUUUAACAGCACCAAAAUUCCAGAUGUGGCUAGCCAUGGCCCAGGCAUGGGGACCAUGUUGCUCUCUUUUGGCAUCAUCACUGUGAUUGGAUUGGCUGUUGCAAUGGUUCUGUAUAUAAGGAAGAGAAAACGACUAGAGAAGUUACGACAUCACCUCAUGCCCAUGUACAACUUGGAGCCUGCUGAAGAACAAGAUGAGCUGGAGCAGGAGCUGCUGGAGCAUGGCAGAGAUGCCGCUUCCUUGCAGGCCUCCCAGAACAAGACAACCCAAGGAGUGCUCCAGAGACCUAGUCGCCUUGUGUUCACAGAUGUUGCAAACGCUAUCCAUGCAUGAACAGUUCUUCAGAAGAAUGAUGCCAACCACUCAGCAGCUUGCAAUGGAUGGUAACCACUUAUUUCAGCUGUGAAAAGGCACCAGGAACCAGCAUACUGCAAGAAUUAAGACUGUUAGUGUGCCAUCAAAA